GCGUUGUGCCAUGCCUGAGCACGAAACUGCUGGUGGCGUGAUUGAGGGUUGGUUGAGACACUGACACGUCAAACGACUUUUUGUGGCAACAACGACGACGGCAAUGACGACAGCCCUGUUUGCGCUAGCGGUGUUUGUGGCUACUGCCUGGGCUGCUGGUGCUGUUGGUGCACUUGGCACAGCCACGCCGGCUGGUGUUGAUGGCCUGGUGGAGUGGGCACGUGCUCAGGGUGCCGUCAUUGCUCCAGCUGUUGCCAUUCGCACAUCUCCACUCACUGGGAAUGGCGUGUACGCUACAGCAGACAUGAAGGCGCACACCACCGUGUUUGCGGUGCCUUUCUCGCUCAUGAUGAACGUGGAGCAUGCGCUGGUGGACCCUGAUCUGGGGCGGCUGUGGGACAUGCUGCCAGACCUCUCGGACUUGGAGGUCCUGGCAGGCUUCUUGGCCUUUGAGUCCCUGCGUGGCACUGGCUUCUGGCAGCCGUACCUGGCGUCGCUCGGUCCACCACCAACCACCCCGACCUUGUUUUCCCAAGAAGAGAUGGACCUGCUGGCGCCGUCAGCGGCUGUAUUUGACAUUGCGCAGCAGCGCCACCUGGACUUAUCAGAGGUGUACGACCUCAUCGUAAAAGCAGCCACCAAUGGCCUCAACAAGAAGGAGAAAGAAGCUUGGCAGCAGCUCGGCAUGAGAAAGAGCGACUACUUGUGGGCGCAUGUUGUGUUGCGGUCUCGGUCACACAAGCUGUCCAUCAAGGACGCUGUCGGGCAGUGGCACGACGCCAUGUGUCUUGUUCCGCUCGCUGACCUCUUCAACACAGACCUGAGGAACAACACUGCCAACGUUGCGUGCUACACCGGUGAGGAAGGCCACGGCACGGCGAGCACAUUCUACUGCGAAACAACGCGCGACAUCAACCACAGCGAAGAGCUGCUGGUGGAGUACAUUGGCGAUGCCAUGCGUCGGUCGAGCGGCAAGCUUCUCCUCGACUACGGGUUUGUGCCGACCACCCACGACUCUGACAGCGUGCUGCUGCACUUGCCAAAACUCAGCGAAACGGCAGAGCAGCGCCUCAAGCACUUUCACUUUCGGGAGUAUGAGCCGCUGCCGUGGCUGGAGAACAGCGACGCGUGCCUGAAGCUGCGCCUCGUCAUCUACUUCGCCAUCGAUGUCCUCGACAAGAACGGCUUUGACAUCUCAGACGACUUUAAGGUAAGUGACAAGUUGCUGUCUGAGCGGCUGCGGCGCGACGGUCUCGACCGGCUGCUCGAACACAUCUCCGACCUCAACGACGCAUACCCAAACCAUGGUGAUGGUGAUGGCAAUGGUGAUGGCAAUGGUGAUGGCACACGGGGCAGGAGCGCGUUCCCUGCUGGGGUGCGUGCUGAUGUUGGUGAGGCGAUUCUACGGCUGCAACAGAACGAGCAGCGAAUUCUGCAGCGCGCGCUGGACGUGUGCACGGCAGUCGUGUAAUGGGCGCAAGCGGCGUUGAUGGUGGUGAUGGUGGUGAUGGUGGUGUUGGUGGUUGGUUGGUUGGUUGGUUGGUUGGUUGGUUGGUUGGUGAUGGGGCUAAGGUCGGUGAAGUGACAGCGACAUGACAGAUUGAUGGUUGAUGAUGGCUGCACAUUGAACAUGGGGUGGUGCAGCUGUGCAGGCUGUGGCGAUUGUUCACUUCAGUGGUGAUUGGCAUUGAUCGCCUGGGGCGCUUGUGUUUCACAUUUAGCUGAGGGUUUAAGGUGACGUGAACGACCAAUACACAACACACCAACGGAA